CGCUGAGCAAAGCGACCGAAGAGAGAAGGUGGGAACCACACGUUUUUCCCCGAUCGAUUGCUUCUGUCUGAUCUCAGAAGUUAAAGAUGGAUGCCUGCCGCAAUUGUUUAUAGACUCUGGAAGCGAAAGAGAGAGAACCUUGGUUGUGUUCUAACGUGCAUUUCCCUGUUUUUUUGGCCGAGGCUUGCUGAGCUACAGCAUGACCACAGCAGUGACUGCUCAUCUGGUAGUUUUGGCAAAUGAAAAUGGAGGAGGUUUCAAUGUCCAGCCUGGACAACAGCAAGCUGGAGGGUCUAGCUCAGGACAUCCUGUCUGACCUGGUGGAGGAUGCAUGCUUGGGCCUCUGCUUCGAGGUCCACCGGGCUGUCAAGCAGGGCUACUUCUUCCUGGAUGACACGGACCAAGAAAGCAUGAGGGACUUUGAAAUUGUGGACCAGCCGGGUUUGGAUGUGUUCGGCCAGGUGUACAACCAGUGGAAGAACAAAGAGUGUGUGUGUCCCAACUGCAGCAGGAGUAUCGCCGCAUCGCGCUUUGCUCCGCACCUGGAGAAAUGUCUCGGGAUGGGACGCAACAGCAGCCGCAUAGCCAACCGCAGAAUAGUGACUGGUAAUAACACCAACAACAAGUCCGAAAGCGACCAAGAAGACAAUGAUGACGUCAACGAUAACGACUGGUCUUAUGGGGCGGAAAAGAAAGCCAAGAAAAGGAAAUCUGAUAAGAAUCCAAACUCGCCCAGAAGAUCCAAAUCAUUCAAGCAUAAGAGCAGUAUGAUGGGCCCCCGGCGUCGUAUGGACAACCAGGAAAGCCCACGCAUGCUGAUGAAAGAUGAGACGUUCCCUCAAUGACACACACACAGAUCAACAGUACUUUAAUCAUGUGAAAAUGUUGGUGUUAUUGGUGACUUUUUCUGCAGAUUCUGACCUCUCACUUUAUACUUGACCCAUUUUUGUUUUUAAUUCCCCCCCCCCCCCCCCCCCCCAAAAAAAAAAAUCAUACAGACACUGGCAUUUUAGUUCACUCGGUGUCCCAGCAUUGUUAUGAGAGGACAAGAAUCAUUACAAAAGCGAGCGCUUUUGUAUUUCAUUGCUUUUUUGUUUAAAAAAGAGAAUCUAAUUUUUGAUAUCUAAGGGUCCUAUUAGGUUUCAGACAAUCAUUAUAAGAAAUGGUUUGUCUCUGUUGUUUUUACAUCCAAUUAUCAGUGUGUUUGUGUUUGCGAGAGUUAUCAUUCACCAGUGAGUGAUUUAAUCUAGUUGUACAAGCGGUUAUUUGCUGCACAAUGCAGGUGUUUUUUUUAAUUUUUAUUUUUCUUUAGGACGGUGGCAAAAAUGUCUUCGUGUUUACAUUGUAAAAGGGUUACACAAAUCCUCAGUGUGAUGUGAUAGUGUAAAUAUUUCAGUAGUUCAAUUGCUGCUAUCGGGCUCAGUUUCUUUUAUCUGUCUAGCGUAAUAAUAAAUGAUUUGUUACAUGUCUUCUUUUUUG